AUGAUUGAGUCCAAUAGGUGUCUGGAGUAUCUAUACGUGACUGGAUGCGACAAACUCGUUUCUUUUCCAAUAGAUUUGGGGGAAUUGCCUUGUAUCUCAAAGUUACAUGUAUACAAUUGUCCUGAAUUGAGAAGUUUGCCCAAGGGAAUUGGCCAUCUUAGCAACUUAACAGAAUUGGCCAUUGGUGGAUUAUCAGAAUCAAUUAAUUUCAAUUCAUUCCAAGCUGCUCUCGACGGCAUUCAACAAUCCAAAUCUCUCUCGUAUUUGUAUUUAUAUGGUUGGGAACAUUGGGACUCAUUGCCAUACCAGCUUCAGCGUCUCACUUCGCUCAAAAUCUUAGAAUUAAAAGGUUUUGGAAUUGAAGCAUUGCCAGAGUGGUUGGGAGGUCUGCCAUCUCUUCGGUCAUUAGAACUGUAUGACUUAAAAAAGCUUAGGCAUAUGCAACGCCUCACCAAGCUAGAAUGUUUAAUUGUUAGAGACUGUCCAUUGUUUGAGGAGAGGUGCAGGCAAGAAAGAGGCCCUGAUUCUGAGUGGUCGAAGAUUUUACAUAUUGCUGACAUACAUGGAGUGGGCCCAGGCUAUUGA